AGUCCAAUCCACAAAGGUCUGUCAAGACAAAAGCCGAGAGCAACCACAGCCACUGUAGCUCAUUCCCCUCAAAUCCAAGUGCUAAGAAGGACUUCUGGAGACAGCCACCACUCCCACUGCUGUGGGUGUCUCAAGCUUUUGCCUUACUUCCUCUGGCCUGCAAGUGUCCACAUCACAGCUAGCUCACAGUUGGCUUCAAGCAGCUGACGGAACGUGCUCAGUAGAGCAGCUUAGGUGCGGAUUUCAGCUCGGGAGCAGCAGGACUGCUGGAAAAUGAACAUCACCGUUGAAAGGACCCCUGUGCUGACUCUAAAUGUAGGAGAGAUCACACUUGGGAUAGAAAGUAGGAAAAACAUGGAGAAUCACGACAGGGUAGAAGAGAACAGGAACAUUUCAAUACCUCUGUGUGCUCUGUUGAAUUCUGGAGAGGGAACGGUCAAGGCUCACAUUAAAAAUCCAGACUACAUUUUCAGGGAACAUGGAAUAGGUGAGGAUUUGGAAACCUCUUUCAAGAACAUUUUGCCAUAUAGGCCCCCAGAAGUUAAGCAAGAUAAAUCCUACUUUUUCAUCUUUGUAAAAAAAUCACAGGGCCCAGAUAUCUCUGUUGGGAAGCCUGCCACCAUUGCAACCAAUUUGUACAUGAGAAAUGGGGCAUCUUCAGUUGAAAUGAACUUGGAUGCUGCUCAGGAGUUCUUAGAAAANCUNAAGNUUGCAGGAGGAAGGUCGCCUUCAGCAAGGCCUUCAGAAAGGCCAGGUGAUGAUACGCAAGAGGAAGUCCAUGUGCAGGAGUUGGCUGCUGCUUUUUUUAAACAGUCAAAACUUACAAAGAUGGAAAAAUUCUUAUUUAGUGAAUCCAAAAAUGUUGAAUAUAAAUCCUUUGAAACAAAAAAGUUGCUACAGCGAGUUAAAGAGGUUCUCCCUCGAACUGUUUCUGCCUUUGCCAAUACUGACGGAGGAUAUUUGUUUAUUGGUUUAGAUGAAAAAACCNAGCAAAUAGUUGGUUUUGAAGCAAAGAAUUGCCAGCCUAAGUGCUUANAGANUGAAAUAGAAAAGUGCAUCCAACAGCUGCCUGUCACUCACUUCUGUGAGGAGAAGGAGAAGAUCAAGUACAAGUGCAAAUUCAUCGAAGUCCACCAUUCCGGAGCUGUGUGUGCAUAUGUGUGUGCGCUCAGAGUGGAGAGAUUCUGCUGUGCAGUGUUCACUGCAGAGCCCGAAUCCUGGCACGUGAAAGAUGAUCGUGUUGAAAGGUUUACCAUAGNGGAAUGGAUCAAGUCCCUCAUGUCUUAGCUAGUCAGGUUCAGGAAGGGGAACUGGCAAUUAGAANACAUUUAGCUAGGGAAAUUGGAAGGGUUUCUCUUUAGGAUUUGAGACAAGAUCGUUACUCCUGAUUAUUCAGCUGCUGAUCUGGACUGCAUCUGGAACCUACCUGGGAGCCCAGAUUCCUCUCUCCCUGGUUUUACCUCAACUCCCUGUACUCACUUGUAAACAACCCCACCCCCAACCCAACAUCUCCCCAGUUCAUCUCUAUUUCAGGAACUGGCAUGUCUUCUAGGAAUUCUCUAUUCAGUUUUACUCCUACCCCUUCCCCAUGUUCCUUUCUCCCUAACCUUCUCUCCUCUCAGUCACCUUAUUAGAUAAUNCGCACCCCUAUGGUUUAUGAUGUGGAAAGUGCUGCACUGCUAUCUCAGGCUUUGCAAGAAGAAGGUCUGAGAUGAGGCCAGACCAGCACCUGCACACGGAGUCUGCAGAGUUCCCAGCAGCUGCUUCCGCCGCCCCCCAAGCUCACUGCUGCUUCAUGAGCCCCCUCCAACCUCUUGCUUUUCAUAACAUUUUCAAUAAAUAGAUUGAUAAGCAAAUAAAAGCCUCAAAAAUGUGCACACCGUA